CCCCAAGCCCAGCGAGCCCGACCCUUAGAGCCAAUCCUUAUCCGAAGUUACGGAUCCAUUUUGCCGACUUCCCUUAUCUACAUUGUUCUAUCAACUAGAGGCUGUUCACCUUGGAGACCUGCUGCGGUUAUGAGUACGACCUGGCGUGAAAACUAUUCCUUCCCGCGGAUUUUCAAGGGUCGUCGGGGGCGCACCGGACCCCGCAAAGAGAACUCUUCCCAGGACCCCGCCGACGUCUCCGCGUUCAGUUACGUUGCCGUGGAGAAUCCACAUCCAGGUGCCGGAAUAUUAACCGGCUUCCCUUUCGGCACACGGCGCACGAGGGCGCCUUUCAAACGGAACUUCCCUAUGCCUUAGGAUCGACUAAACCCAUGUCCAACUGCUGUUCACAUGGAACCUUUCCCCACUUCAGUCCUCAAAGUUCUCAUUUGAG